AUGCGUAUCUUCCUCCUGCCGAUAUCGACGCGUCGAACGCUCCUGUACGCGCACCGCCUCAAUGCUGCGACCACCUCGCAGCAGGCGAAGCAGUCAUUACUGGAAAGGAUACAAUCCAAGGCUGCCAAAACGUGGGCGGGCUGGGAGCAGAAGGAGUCAGGAUGGCAAAAGACCGUCGUCGGCUAUGGAAAUGAGGCAUUGAAGAGAAUACCCUACGAGGAGUGGGCCUUGAAGUCCGUGCCGCCUCUGUCGACAAAGCGCAAGGACGACGAGCUGCGGGGCGACGACAAAGUAGAGGUCAUUUACCCCAGGAAACUGGUAUCGGCCGACAAAGUUACCGAGGUUCUUCAUGCUUUGGGCACGGAACGUGAAGCUCUACACCGGCGAAGGCUCAUCUGGUGUCUUGUCGGAAUGCCGAUAAGUGCUCCAUUCGCAUUGGUUCCAAUAAUCCCGAAUAUCCCCUUCUUCUAUCUCGUGUACCGUGCUUGGUCACAUUGGCGCGCCCUCGCCGGCGGGAAACACAUCCAGUUCUUACUUCAGAACAAACUCCUGAUUCAUACCCCGUCUCCCAAACUCGAUGAGGUCUACUCAGAGCAAGAGCCACCGCUGCCAUCAACUCCUGAAACCACGACCACACCAGGAGAACCCAAGAACAAAAACCCAACGCUACCCAAGAACGCCCAGCCGGAAGGUGGUGAAACGAUGCUGCUGUCCCAGGCCAAUGGGAAGAUAAUGACGCAGGCUUUGGACCUGCCUCAGCUCGAGAUCGAGCUCGAGCGAGCGAUAUGGCAGGUGGAGACCGCCAUCGAGAAGCAGAAUGCUGAACGCAGCGCCUCGAAGAAGGACGAUCCAAAGUCGCAAUGA